UAUACAAGAAGAGGAGAACUUGAAGAGGAGAAUAAAGCUUUAAAUAGGAGAAUCCGUUCCUUGGAUGAAGAAAGAAGAACGUUCUUUCGAUUUAUCGAUCAUGGGUCGCUAAUGAAAAAAGUGUCCCAAACAUCUCGUUUUCGCGAUCGCGAGUCGUUCGCGAGCAUCCGUAGACGCGCAUUUCGCGAGGCGCGGCUCUCGGCAGGUCACUGCCCCCUCUGCCGGGUGAAGUCUUCUCUCGUAUACACUUGACUUUCAGCGGCGAAGAAAAGAUAGAAGAAGAGAGAAGAGAAGGAAGAAACGAGAUAAGGAAAGACACAGAAAACGAGAGAGAAAUAGGUACAAAGAAGAGGAGAACGAAAGACGGAAAAGAAAGCACCCACCAUCUUUUGGUAUGCAAGCUUAAAUCGGAACCUCUCGAAGGUGGGGAAAAAAUGCGACGCAACGCCGGACAGAGGACGGCAAUUUGCAUCAUCGCGCGCGAUUAAUCUCCAUUCUUGGAGGAUGUUGCGCUACGUGCAAUGAUGUGCCGAUACGUAGACGUGGAGGAUGACGACGAGAUUAUCGCCGGCCACGAUCAUGAGGAGGAAGAACGACAGAUAGUGCGUAAUCGGAGCGCGCGAUUUUAUGCCGACGACGAGUCACCGUGAGCCGGAAUUUGGCUAAGGCAGGUGGGCGUGUCGCGGUGAGAUAGAAGAGAUGAUCAUAAGGGGAUUGAUGCUCCUGGCCCUUCUUCUGGGAUUCCUAUCCUACCAAUAUGGCGGCCAGGUCGUCGGCCAGGACGCGACGGCGGCAACGGCGACGGCGAUGGCGGCGGCGGCGGCGUCCGACAACUACUUUACCUUGCAUAACCUACCUCAAAGGGUCACGCGGUUAGUGCCACGAAGGUCACCGAUGUUGCCGCAGGACAGCGCCGCAACGAUGGGCCUGGCGAUGCAGAGCAGAGCGGUCGACACGCGGGUCCAGCUCGAGGUCAGGGAAGGCGAGCCCAAAGGUACCCUGGUUGGCACGAUACCGGUCAAGCCUGAUUUUACCUAUAGGUUCAAUGAGCCGCCUCAAGAAUUUGUACUUGAUCCGGAAACAGGCCAGAUACGGACAGCCAAAGUCCUCGACCGCGAAGCUCUGAGCAGCAAUCGGUUUGAUUUUGUCGUACUAUCGAGCCAGCCAACUUAUCCGAUCGAAGUGCGGAUCUUGGUGCUUGAUAUUAACGACAACGAUCCGGAAUUUCCGGAACCUAGCAUUGCCGUGAGCUUUUCAGAAUCGGCUGUAGCUGGUACGAAACUGUUGCUGGAUGCCGCGACAGAUCGGGAUACGCCGGAGAACGGUGUGCUAGAUGAUUAUUUUAUCGUGGACGGUAAUACAGAUGGCAAAUUUCGUCUGGAAGUUACGGGCAAUACUGGUGAGACAUCGUACUUAUACCUUGAAACUACAGGCAAGUUGGAUCGCGAGCAGGUAGAAUUCUAUUCGCUUAACAUUUGCGUACGCGAUCGCGGUCGACCUCCACGUUUAGGUUAUUUGCUAGUGAAUGUGACAGUGUUGGACGUGAAUGACAAUCCGCCCGUAUUCCAACAAAGCGAUUAUGUGGUAUCGUUAAAUGAAAGCGCUCCAGUUGGCACGAAGGUCCUGACGGUGCAUGCUACUGACAAAGAUUCGGAAGAUAAUUCGAAAUUGACGUAUUAUCUACCAGACGACGAACGAAAGUUUACAAUCGAUCCAGAAAUUGGAACGAUCACGACGGCCGAGCUGUUGAGCUGUGAUCCUCCAAAGGACUGCAAAGGUACUUGUAUCAAGACCUGCGUCAUUACGGUCUUCGCUCGUGAUAAUGGUUCGCCCAGGCAAGAUGGUCGGACUUACGUUACGCUGAAUCUAUUAGAUACGAAUGAUCAUGAUCCUGUGAUUAACUUCAACUACUUUCCCGGGACCGCAUCUUUUGCCACCGUCGACGAAAACGCCAACGAGGACACGAUUGUUGCCGCGAUGACAAUAACCGACGAUGACCAAGGCUUGAACGGCGAAACCAGCGUAGAGAUACGCGCGGGUAACGAAUUAGGUCAUUUUCGAUUGGAGGAUAGACAUACUGUCACGCGGGUCACUCUCGUGAAAAUCAACGGUCGACUAGACCGUGAGGAGGUACCUACGUAUAAUCUUACGAUAGUCGCUUCUGACAAGGGAAUUCCGUCCAGAUCGGUUACGGUCUAUCUUGGGAUUCAUGUGAACGAUGUUAACGAUCACGAACCGGUAUUUCAACAGAGUGAAUAUUCGGCAGUACUAUCAGAACUCGCGCCGAAUGGUAGUUUCGUCGCAAGCAUCUCGGCAACGGACGCGGAUUCCGGAUUAAACGCGCAGGUUUAUUAUAAUUUAGAAUCGGGUAACAAUCUAGGCUGGUUUGCUAUCGACAAAAAUACCGGCCUGGUUACCACUGUUGCCACACUGGACCGUGAAGUUCAAGGUAGUAUCGAGUUACUUGUGUAUGCGCAGGACGGUGGUCCAAACACUAAGUAUGCGAACACGCAUCUCAAGGUGACAAUUCUUGAUGAGAAUGACGAAGCGCCACACUUUUCCAAAAACGUCGUUCAAAUUACAUUAUCGGAAAAUACGCCACCCAACAGUCUAAUAGCUACCCUGGCAGCCAUCGAUAACGAUCAAGGUACCAACGGUAGUGUCGUGUAUAGCUUUCAUUCUUGUGUCUCGCGCGAUUACCCCAAGACUUUCGCGUUGGACGCCCUGACCGGUCAGUUGACAACCAAGAUUGCCUUAGAUCGAGAGACAGUAGCAGAGUAUAGAAUUCUGAUUAUAGCGAAAGAUCAGGGUACGCCAGUGCAAUCGUCAACCGCUACUGUGAUACUAACGUUGGAAGAUGUUAACGAUAAUUCACCAGUCUUCUAUCCUUGGAAGUAUCUAAUGCCUAUCUCUGAAGAUUCUCCAGCAGGUACGAUAAUAGGUAAAGUGACAGCGACUGAUGCCGAUGCCCGGGAAAACGCUCAAAUAAAAUAUAUCCUGGAAUCUGGCGGCGAAGGUCUCUUCGUAAUCGAUGAAAGAACCGGCGAAAUUGCUCUUCAGGGUUCUUUGCGAGCCGCGCAUAAGACUCUCUACGAGCUGACCAUCUCGGCCAAAGAUACUGGCGACCGGUUUGCAGACAGGAACGCGAUAGUGGAAAUAAUUCGCGAUGAGGAUCUAGAACACCUCGAGUUCGAAACUUACAACGGCUAUGAAUUCCGCAUAACCGAGGACCAUGGCGAUUGCGACUCCAUAUCCGGAUUCGGUCGAGAAGUCGGCUCGGUACAAGUCACGCAAUAUAGUAAUACAGGCAAGGUGAAUUAUGAUAUUGUUUUCGGCGAUUCUAAGGGCAAUUUCAAAAUUGACAAGAGCACCGGCAUUAUUAGCACCGCUGGCUGCCUGGAUCGCGAGCGAGUGGCUUAUUACAGUUUACAAUUGUCGGCGCGCGCCGAUCUCGCGUAUGGUCAAACAACCGUUAACAUUACCGUACAAGAUGUUAACGACAAUCCUCCCAGAUUUCCUAGGAGCGAGCGGGGCGACGAAAUUUUCCUGCGAGAGAACGCGGCAGUAGGACAAGAAAUAUGUUUAGCCCGUGCGAGAGAUCGUGAUGCUGGCGCCAAUGCCAGAAUUAUUUAUUCGCUUACUCAUAAUCCAGGUGAGCAGUUUAGAAUUGCCGAAAAUUCGGGCAUCAUCUACCUAAAUAAGCCAAUCCAAGCGACACCCGGUACGAUCCUCUAUUUAGAAGUGACGGCGACUGACUCUGGUGAACCAUCGCUAUCCUCUCAGCAUCAAAUCAAAGUAACAAUCGAAGAUGUAAACGAUCACACGCCAGUUUUCCGGCUGACCAGCUACGAGAUCUCGCUGUCAGAGUCCACACCGGUCAACAAACGUUUUUUCUCGCUGAUAGCUCACGAUGCGGAUCUUGGUGUCAACGGUAAAAUACGAUACAGCGUGACCGAUGGUAACGUCGAGAGUAGCUUUGGCAUCUUCCCGGACGGCCAGCUUUACGUGAAGAAUAUGCUCGAUCGCGAGGAACGAGAUUAUUACGCACUCGAAGUUACCGCGUUCGAUCAAGGUAAUCCUUCGCGAAGUUCCAUGGUCCCGGUAGUGAUGCAUAUAAUCGACGAGAACGAUAACGCGCCUGAAUUCACCAACAGUAGUUUUAGCUUCCAUCUGCGUGAAAAUGAACCACCCGAUACUUUCGUCGGCAAGUUGUCGGCCACUGAUCGUGACGUCGGUCGGAACGCUGAUCUAAUAUUCUCGUUACCAGCUAGUCAGCAAGAUUUUGUCAUCGAUCCGAGGAACGGUUUCGUCAAGUCUCUACGCGUCUUCGAUCGCGAACUCCUAGUGACCAACACUGGCGACAGCUAUGUUACCUUAGAAGCCACUGUCACCGAUAAUGGUGUCAAUCGUCUUCGUGAUCGCGUCAAGGUCACCAUCUAUAUCACCGACGUAAACGACAAUGUGCCGCAAUUCCAACGUUUGCCUUAUCGAGUGCAAGUGAGCGAAGGCGCCGUGAUCGGCACGCAGCUGUUGAGAGUAUAUACAACCGAUGCCGAUAAGGGCUUGAAUGGUGACGUGUUUUAUUCAUUGGAGGAUGGCAAUCAGCACGGUCAUUUUAUAAUAGACGAGGCCACUGGGCAGAUUUCGCUUGUGAAAGAGCUCGAUCGCGAGACGUCUGACACCUAUGUAUUGACGGUCGUGGCGCACGAUGCCGGUCUCGAGACACGUUUGUCAUCCAGUGCGACCGUUUAUAUCGAGGUACUCGACGAGAACGACAACGUGCCGCGUUUUAUCGACAACAAAUCGCGAAUUUCCGUGCUGGAGACCAUAUCGAUUAACACCGAAUUGCUGCGGUUCAAGGCCACUGACAAUGAUCUCGGACCUAACAGCGAGCUGACGUUUGCAAUAUCGGCCGGAAACAGGAGGGAUACCUUCCAUAUUGAUCCAUUGACUGGUAUCCUGUACUUGCGGAAAUCACUGGAUUAUGAAGAACUGAAUUAUUAUACGUUGAACGUCACCUGUAGUGACGGUGGUCACCCGAGGCUUAGCUCUAUUACCAGCCUGAUCGUCGAAGUGAUCGAUGCCAAUGACAAUCCACCGGUCUUCCCGAAUACGGCAAUAGUGCGUCAAAUACGUGAGGGUAUCCCCGUGAGAACACCAAUCGUCACGAUCACCGCCGAGGACCCGGAUUCGGGAGACAACGGGAUAGUCAGUUAUUCGAUCCUUAACCAGGAUCCGGAAGAUCAGGUGCGGCAUUUCGGUAUCAAUUCGUCGAACGGCAUAAUUCACACGCUGCUGCCGAUUGAUCGCGAGGAAGUAGACACCUUCAAACUGAUAGUGGUUGCGACCGAUAGAGCGCAGCCACCAAGCGCGCGCCUAUCCGCCGAGAAGCUAGUGAUUGUGAUCGUUGAAGACGUGAAUGACAACGCGCCGUUAUUCGUCAGCAUGUCCGCAGUGGUGCUACCGCCGCUGCGCGCCGGCAAUCUCGACUAUUAUCAGUCAUCCAAGGAGAUCGUGGUCACGCAGCUGGUCGCCCGCGAUCUUGACUCCAACACGAACGGCCUGGUGACGUACGAAUUGCUCCGUUCGAACGUCAACUAUUUGGACAUGUUUCGUAUCCACCGUAGCACCGGUCAACUUACCAUGAGAUUCCCGCGAUCAUUUCCAAAGGGUCUCUCCGAGCGGGUAUCCAAAUAUCAGGUCGGUGUCCGAGCGACGGACGAAGCGGUCCAGACGGAACGUCGUUCGUCGGAAACUUAUGUGACCUUGAUCGUGCCGGGCGAGGACGGCGAUCAACCGAUCUGGGAACAUCGGGGUCAGAUCGAGGGCAGCGUUUAUGAGAACGAACCGGUCGGUACCAGCAUCCUGUGUGUGAGCGCGCGUAGUCGACGUUCGAACAUCGAGCUCGAGUAUUACGUGACGAACGUGACCGCCGGCGGCGGGCUCGUCGACGGGCUCCAGGUCGAUCGGUUCUUCGACAUCGACACGAAGACAGGCGUGCUAUCCACAGCGACCAAGCUCGAUCGCGAAACCGGCGUCCAGUGGUACGAGGUUGAACUGUAUGCCAUCGGCAUAGGCGGCACCAGGCCCAGUACGACGUCCACCAAAGUACGCGUGACGGUGCUGGAUAAGAACGAUGUGGCUCCUACGUGGGGUUCGGGCCCAUGGAAAUUUAAGAUAUCCGAGGAGGCGCUGCCCAACACCGUUGUCACGGUACUCAAGGCCCGUGAUCCGGACACCAUCGGUACCCUGACUUACACCCUGGUGCCGAAUCAUCGUCGUCAUCGUCAUCAUCAUCCCGACAAUUACACCGAGCCAUUCGCCAAAAAUAAUAACAACAACAACGACGUCGCCAACGAUGCCGACGACUUCGACGACGGGAUGCAACAAUUCCAGCUGCAUCCAACCACCGGUCAAUUAACGCUCGCAGAGGCCCUCGACAGGGAAACGAAAGAGAAAUAUGUGCUAAGAGUGCGCGCCGACGAUGGCCUGCAACACCGGGAUAUCGUGCUCAACAUACAGGUUACCGACACCAAUGACAACGCGCCGACCUUCCAAAGCACGGCUUAUUCCUUCGACAUCCCGGAGAACGUCCCGAGGGGCAGCCGCGUGGGCCAGGUCGUCGCGACGGACGCGGAUGCCGAAGGACCCAACAGUCAACUGAGCUACGUGCUCAUUUCCGACUGGGCCAACGACGUGUUCUCGCUGAACCCGAGCACCGGCGUGUUUACGCUCACCGCGAGCCUUGACUAUGAACAGGUGCAACACUACAUCCUCGUCGUUCAAGCGACAGACGGCGGUGUGCCGGUGCUGUCAUCCACCGUGACAGUGUAUUGCAACGUGGUCGACCUGAACGACAACGCGCCCAUCGUCGAGACCGGGCCGCACGCGGCCGACAUCGUGGAAAACGCGACCAUCGGAACGCCCGUGCUCACGGUGACUGCCCAGGAUCUGGAUUCCGGUGACAAUGGCAGGAUCUUGUACGCCAUCACUGGCGGCGACGAGGACGGGAACUUUGGGGUGGCACCGAACGGCACCCUCUUCACGCGCCGACUCCUCGACCGCGAACGUAAGCCACUCUACAACCUGGCUCUGAGCGUCACUGACAGCCCGCUACCGCCAGCGAGGCCAUUGUCUUCUACGGUGCAGGUGACAGUGGUAUUACUGGAUGUGAACGACAUGUCGCCGGAGUUCAUAUCACCCACGAGGAUAUCGAUAAUUGAGAACGCGCCGAGCAACACGGUAGUGAUGGCGAUAAAGGCCAUCGAUCGGGACGAGGGUCGGAACGGUUAUGUCGAAUACAUGCUCGAAGACAACGACUUACCAUUCACUCUGGGCCUGGUGGACGGAUUGUUGCGCGUCUCUGGACCGUUGGAUCGCGAGCAAAAGUCCAACUACACCCUGGCAGUCAUCGCCAGAGAUCGGGGCGAACCGUCGAGAUCGUCGUCGACCAAUGUCACUGUUAUGGUGCUCGACGAAAAUGACAACUCGCCAGUGUUUGACCCUAGGCAAUACUCCGCCACCGUCGCCGAGAACGCCAGCAUCGGUGCCAGUGUCCUUCAGGUGUCGGCGAUGGACCGCGAUGAGGGCGCGAACGGCAGGGUGCGAUACAGCAUCGCUAUGGGGGACGACAAUCGGGACUUUACGAUCUCGGAGGACGGUGGCGUGAUCCGAGUAGCGAAGAACCUAAACUUUGAACGCAAGCCCUGCUACUACCUGACAAUCCGCAGCGAGGAUUGCGCGGCGGAAGCAGGCGAGACUCCGCGCAGCGAUACCACCCAGGUCACCAUCACCGUCCUCGAUAUUAACGACAACGCGCCGGUCUUCCUCGACUCCCCUUAUCUGGUGCACGUUAUGGAGAACAUGGUGCCGCCGGAUGGCGGUUUCGUUAUACAGGUUAAAGCCUACGACGCAGACACACCACCGUACAACGAUCAAGUGACGUACUUCCUCAAGGAAGGCGACACGGAUCUGUUUCGCAUAAAUGCCAGCACCGGCGACAUAUCGCUCCUUCGAUCAUUGGAUAGAGAGCUGAUGCCCGAGUAUACGCUCACCUUAGUAGCCAUGGAUACCGGUUCACCGCCCCUCACGGGAUCGGGCAUUGUCAGAAUCAUCGUCCUCGACGUCAACGAUCAUAAUCCCGAGUUCAAUCGGCAGGACUACAAGGCCACCGUGAUGGAAAACAUGCCCGCAGGAACGUGGGUCACCAAGCCGCAUGCUACGGACCAGGAUGAAGGAGUCAAUGGAAAAAUAAGGUAUCGCCUACUUGGGGACAAAGCGGAGCGAUUUUUCGUAGAUCCCGAUACGGGCGAAGUAUUUACCACGGUGCCGCUGGAUCGCGAGCAGACCGCCGUGUAUCAUUUGACCCUAGUGGCCCGGGAUUCGAGCCCAACGGAGCCACGUGCCUCCACCGUCAAUCUGACCAUCCUGGUGAUGGAUGUGAACGACAACGCGCCCCGCUUCUCUAGUCCACGAUAUACGGCCUAUGUCCCGAGCCUGAUCAAACCUGGCGACUUCGUAUUCGGCGCGAAAGCGAUCGACGAUGACGAUGGCGAGAACUCGCGAAUCGUUUAUCGACUGCAAGGCAAAGACGCCGAUCGGUUUGUCAUCGACCUCGACAACGGCGUGAUACGCGCCGCCCAGGAACUCUCUGGCGUCCAGAUCACCUAUCAGCUGCAAAUUGAGGCGUCGGACUGCGGUCCCGAACCCCAGCACGUCACUGCCGACCUGAUGAUACACCUGUGGGACCGGCAUUUAUUUCCCAGUUUCCGCUCUAGCGUCAGCACGAGAUUCACGCUACCCGAAGACGUGCCCGAGGGUAGGGUGAUCACCAAGCUGAGCGCGAUCACCCCGAAGACCGGGUCGGCCAGUAAUCUAAUAUACGGCAUGGCUGGCGGUAACGUGGGGGACGCUCUGAGAAUCGAACCUCACACUGGAGAGGUCGUGGUCGCGUCUGGCUUCGAUUACGAGACGGCGCCGUACUAUGAAGCCUGGAUCGAGGUUCGCGACUCGGAUACACCCGCGCUGCAGAGCGUCCUGCAGCUUCUGGUGAAUGUCACGGAUGCCAACGAUAAUGCGCCGGUGAUGGAAGCGGCUAUCUACAACGCCACCGUGCUGGAGAACGAGUAUCCGCCGUUGUUCGUCGCCAAGGUUACCGCGACGGACCGCGAUUUCGGCGAGAACGGUCAGGUCAUGUAUCAUCUGGUCGACGAUUUUUCCGAGACUUUCAUCAUCGACGGUAACACCGGACAGAUUGAGACCAAUGCCGAGCUUGAUCGCGAAAAGAUCGCGUCCUACGAGCUGGUUGUGGAGGCCACGGAUCAGGGUCACCCGCGAUUAACCGGAACUACCACCGUGCUGGUGACUGUUUUGGACAAAAAUGACAAUCCACCGCAUUUCACGCGAUUGUUCAGCGUCAACGUGACGGAGAACGCGGAGAUCGGCACUUUUGUCAUACGCAUCACCAGCAGGGAUCCGGAUAUUGGUCAGAAUGCGAAUGUCAGUUACAGCUUCACCGAUAAUCCAGGGGAAAAGUUCUUCAUCGACGCUCUGAGUGGAAACGUGACUGUGGCUGGAUAUCUCGAUAGAGAAGAACAGGACGAAUAUCUGCUAAAGGUUGUAGCGGCAGACGGCGCGUGGCUAACGGAGACCGCUCUGACGAUCACCAUUCAAGACCAAAAUGACAAUGCGCCCGAAUUUGACGAGAACACCUAUCACUUCCACUUUCCCGAGCUCCAGCCAGAGGUGGCGCAUGUCGGCCAGGUCACGGCGAUUGAUUACGAUAAGCAGGGACCGAACUCCGUCAUAUCUUACAAUCUGCUACAACCAUCCGAUCUCUUCGCCGUCGACCCGGCGACAGGUGAUGUCUUCAGCAAGCGCACCCUGCGCUAUAAGCAUUCCAAUCGGUCGUCCUCGCCAGAGAACCUAUACUCGCUGACGGUGAUCGCGACUGACAAUGGCAAGCCUCCGAUGUCCUCGAAGACGGUGGUAUAUGUGAACGUGGUGGACGCCAACAACAAUGCGCCUCGCUUCGAGCAAAGAUCCUACCUGUCGCCGGUACCGGAGAACUAUGGAGAGGGCAAGCGUAUCACUCAGCUGAUCGCCCACGAUGACGCCGACUUUGGCGUGAACGCGGAAGUCAGUUACUCGUUGACGUCUAUGAACAGCACCGACGACUUUUUCGCCAUCGAGGAACAAACCGGCUGGGUUUACGUGUAUAAGAGUCUCAACGAUACUCCUAUCGACACGGUGUUCCUGUUGAAGGCGUACGCCACCGACAAGGGCGUGCCACCGCAGAGAGACGAGGUUCUUCUCACGCUCGUCAUCUCUGGCAAGAACCUAUACGCGCCUACCUUCGCCGCCGUCAGUCAUCAAGUGAGAGUGCCAGAGAACGAGCCGGUCAACACGACCAUUUUGACAGUGAGCGCCGUGGAUGACGACAACGGGCCCAACGGUAUAGUGCGCUACAAGAUCUCGGCAGGCAAUGAAAGGAACGAGUUCUUCGUACACUCCAUCACCGGCGCGGUCAUCAUACUCAAGCCUCUAGAUUACGAUUUAGUGCAGGAAUAUCAGCUGAACAUCACCGCCACGGAUCUGGGAUUCGAACCGAAACAGGCGGUAGCCACUUUAAUUGUCAAUGUUUCUGACAUCAACGAUAACCCUCCGACUUUCAAUCAGAGCAUAUAUGAGGCAUUUUUACCGGAGAAUUCGCCGUCCGAUAGUUUUGUUUACAAGGUGGUCGCCCAGGACAUUGACUCGCCCAAGUACGCUGUAGUGCAGUAUAAGAUUCUCGGUGGUAGCGGCAAAGAUCACUUCCACAUCCGCGAAGAAACGGGCGAGAUCACAUCGGACACUAGCUUCGAUUACGAGGAGGUGAACGAGUACAGUCUCGACAUUGUCGCGGCCAAUCCGGACUCGAAUCCGCAGAUGGUCGGUUUCACGACCGUGAUAGUACGCAUCACUGGCGUGAACGAGUUCUAUCCCAAGUUCAUUCAACCGGUAUUCCACAUGGACGUGUCGGAGAGCGCCGACGUUGGCACGUCGGUCGGUCUGGUCCAGGCGACCGAUCAGGACUCGGGCGAGGACGGCCACGUGUACUAUCUUUUCGUGGGCUCGUCGAACGAUCGUGGCUUCACCAUCGGUGCGGAAACCGGCAUCAUUCGGGUGUCGCGUCGGCUCGAUCGCGAGACGCAGAAUCGAGUAGUGCUGACGGUGAUGGCGAAGAACGGUGGCGGUAUUCGCGGCAACGACACUGAUGAGGCGCAGGUGAUCAUCUCCAUUCAGGACGGCAACGAUCCGCCCGAGUUCCAACAGGGCUUUUACGAUGCCAGCGUGUCGGAGGGCGCCGUCCAUGGCACUCGUGUCGUCACCGUUCGCGCGGUCGACAAGGACAUCAAGCCGCAGAACAAUCAAUUCUCAUACUCCAUCAUCGGCGGCAAUCAUGGCCAGGCGUUCAAGGUCGAUCCGCAGACCGGUGACAUCGAGACAGCGAAGCAGCUGGAUCGCGAAACCAUGCCCGCUUACGAUCUGACGAUCGGUGCGAUCGACACCGGCUCGCCGCCACAGACCGGCACCGCGACGGUGCACAUCGACCUGCUAGACGUCAAUGACAACGGACCAGUCUUCGAUCCGCCAGAAGUGAUCGGUUACGUCAGCGAGAAUGAACCGGCCGGAACCAUUGUGAUGACUUUGAGCGCGACCGAUCCCGAUCUGCCGCCCAACGGUGCACCGUUCACGUACAAAUUGAUUGGCGGAAGGCAAAGCGACGUGGUCACCUUGGACAAGCAUUCUGGCAUGCUGAGAACCACCAAGAGUCUUGACAGAGAAACGAUGCCGCAAUUGGAUCUCGUGGUUGAGGUGGAGGACUCGGGCGUACCGCGGAUGAAGAGUGAGCACACUAUCACCGUGAUUGUCACCGAUCAGAAUGAUAGUCCGUCCGCUCCGAGAUCGGUCCAUGUGAUAGUGCACUCUUUCAACGGCAAGACACCGCUGGGAAAGAUCGCCGACGUUCAUCCAAAUGACCCGGACAUCACCGGGUCUUACUCUUGCAAGAUACUUCAGGGCUCGAAUUCGCGUGUGCUCAGCAUCCCCGCCGCCUGUAAUCUACACACUAACAAGAUUACACCAGAAAUUGGUUACUCACUGAGCGUCUCCGGUAACGACGGACGACAUCCCGACGUGCUCUCCAAAGUCACGCUCGAAUUCCUGCUUUUCUCGAAUGCCACAAUCGAAAACAGCAUAACUCUGCAAAUUUCCAAAAUGACCGCAAAAGAUUUUCUCAGUCAAUAUUACCGAGCACUUCUGGAUCUUCUGCAGGAGAAGAUCGAUAUUGGCGACACACUCACUAUUUUCAGCAUCGGUGAGGAUGGACAGAAUGUGAAUGUCUACUUGGCAGUGGAAUCUCCGCAAGGAUAUCGUCCAAAGAACGAAGUGGCCGAUCUAUUGAUACGCAAUCGGGACCAAAUCCAGAUACUACUCGAAAAUAACAUGUUCAUCAUCGGUUAUUCUCCGUGCACGCACAUGCCAUGCGAAAAUGGUGGCAACUGCAGUGAUCGACUGGCCAUAUAUGACGAUGCCAGAAUCACCGACAGCCAGGCACUGAUUCUGACAUCGCCUAGAAUGAUGCACGAAAUGAUUUGCAAAUGCCGGGAUGGCUUCAUCGGUGACAAAUGUGAGAAAAGGCAGGAUCCGUGUUCGCCAAAUCCUUGCUUGCUGGGAGGACAAUGCCGACGUUUGGGACAUGAUUUUCAAUGCGCUUGUCCCAUCGAUCGCGAUGGCAAACUGUGCGAGCUCGAGAGAGGCGAUGCAUGUGCCAGCAAUCCGUGUCGAAACGGCGGAUCGUGCAGAAAUAGCCCAGAUAGCUUCAGCUUUUUCUGCCUCUGCCGAGCAGGCUACAGGGGUAAUCACUGCGAGGCAGUCACCGACUCUUGUCGACCGAAUCCUUGCUUAUACGGUGGUUUAUGCGUUGGAGAGAAACCUGGAUAUCGAUGCAGCUGUCCCGAAGGUCGUUAUGGUCGACAUUGCGAGCGCUCGACCUUCGGCUUCGAUGAGCUGUCGUUCAUGGCAUUCCCAGCACUGGACUCUAAUACGAACGACAUCACCAUCGUGUUCGCGACCACAAAGCCGGAUGCUUUACUGCUGUACAAUUAUGCACCGCAAACAGGCGGCCGUUCAGACUUUGUAGUGUUGGAGUUGAUUGGUGGCCGAGUGGUCUUCUCAUACGGCGGUGCAAGAAGCGCGAUCACUACUGUCGUCAUCAAGACCGAGAAACCGGUAUCGGACGGCGAGUGGCGCAAGGUCACCGCUACCAGAAAUGGAAGGGUCGUCUCGCUCAGCGUCUCCGUUUGCAGGGAACACGGCGAUGUCUGCGACGAUUGUAGACCUGGCGAUGGUACUUGCUACGCAGACGACGUGGGCCCAACUGGGACUCUAAACUUCAACAAUAAUCCUCUCCUACUGGGUGGUCUAGAGAACGCCGAUCCUGUGCUAGAACGUCCGGACCAAGUGCAUUCCGACGAUUUUGUGGGUUGCAUUCAUUCGGUAGCGAUAAACGGAAGGGCUUUGAAUUUAACGAAUCCGCUUGCGUCACGGGGCGUGAAAUCCACAUGCAUCAAAUCUCAGCGAAGUCCUUGCCUAAGAGACGAAAAGGAUACCGUUUCCGUUUGCGGUGCGGACGCGCGAUGUUACGACAAGUGGCACCAAGUGAUAUGUCAAUGCGGAUCUCUGACAGCGCCCAAUUGUCACAAUGCCUUGGAACCCGUCACAUUGAGCGAGGGAGGAUUUAUCGAAUUUAAGAUUUCGGAGAAACACAAAAGGAUGCAAUUGUUGGAGUACCUCUAUGGUGGCUCGACAAUAUGGCAAACGAAUCGCAUUAGACGCGAUCUUAUCGAUGACACGAGCUUUAUAACAAAUUCUUCUCCAUUUAAAACGAUUGGUCUAAUGUUUAGAACCGUAAAACCUGAUGGUAUCUUGAUAUAUGCUGCCACUAAUAAGCAUUUUACAUCUGUAGAGCUUCGUAAUGGUCAGCUGAUUUACACUUCUCUGCUCGGAUCACCGGUGAACAUGUCAAUCAACAUUGAGCGCGGACUUGCCGAUGGACACUGGCAUAAUCUGACUCUCCAUGCCUACACCGGAGGAUUAAGACUGUUGGUCGACGGUGUCGUGACAGGUGACGAGUUGGAUUCGGCGGGUGUUCACGAUUUUCUCGAUCCCUACUUGUCUGUCCUGUCGAUCGGCGGAGUUAAUCGGGAUUUCUAUUACGUUCAUAACGCUGAUGUUAAGAGCUUCGAGGGUUGUUUAGCUAACUUUACCAUCAACAACGAAGUACAGCCGUUCAACGGCUCCGGUUCCAUCUUUAAAGAUGCGCUGUAUCAUGGUAAAGUAAAUACCGGGUGCAGAGGACCGAUCGGCAUCAGUGCCGCUGCAACCGCGGAUCCCCUCAGCAUCGGCAUCACCCUAGUCAUCGUCUUCUUCGUCAUUCUGCUGAUCGCCAUGCUAGUGAGCUUUAUAGUAUUCCGAUUGCGCCGGCAGAACAAGGAGAAGUCGGCGCCAUCAGUUGUCAACAAGAAUACGAACUCUAUCAUGACCGGUAAUUCGCUGGUCGGCGCCGGAAAUGACAAUCUCAUGUCCCGACAUGAAAACACGUACAUCUCGGAUACAUCGGAUCUGCGUGGCGUGGGUCAUAUGGGGCCCGAGCUAAUCUCGAAAAAAUAUAAGGAGCGUGAGAUCAAUGCUACUACCGAGCAUCGACCGCAACGACCCGACAUCAUCGAGCGAGAGGUCACCAAGUCACCGCCUAUUCGUGACGAACAUCCGCCACUGCCACCUCCCGCUCAGACCUCCUUACACUCGCAUGAGCAUAAUCCGGAACCCGACAUCCCAGAACACUAUGACUUGGAGAACGCCAGCUCAAUCGCCCCCAGCGACAUUGAUAUCGUAUAUCAUUAUAAGGGUUAUCGCGAUGGCAUGAGAAAGUAUAAAGCCACUCCGCCUCCUUUAGGUAAUUAUAGCAAUCAUCAUAAACACACGGGACAACAGCACCGUCAUACCGGGCCAUUUCCACCGAGAGCUAUGCCGCCGCCCAACGUGAACCAACCACCUGGACCGGCGCCGAAAUUACUCCAGAGUACCCCGUUAGCGAGAUUGUCGCCCAGCAGUGAGUUAUCCGCUCAACAACCACGGAUUCUUACGCUUCAUGACAUCAGCGGGAAGCCACUGCAAAGCGCAUUGCUAGCCACCACAUCCUCAUCCGGUGGUGUCGGCAAAGACGCGUUGAAUUCCAACAGCGAGAGGAGUCUAAACUCCCCAAUCAUGAGCCAGCUGUCGGGCUCGACCGCCAGCAGGAAGGCUCCGCAAUCCAACAAUGAGAAUUCGGUAAACAACGUGUCAUCGGGCCCGAUGGGUCUCACUGCAGAAGAGAUCGAGCGACUGAAUUCUCGCCCGAGAACGUCUAGUCUAGUGUCCACCCUGGACGCCGUGAGCUCGUCCAGCGAAGCGAGGGGACCACCAGCUCAUGGACCUUUGCACCAUCAUCGACGUCAUACGCCGCCCGCGGAGAGACUCGAGCGACGAAACUCAUCGACCACCGACGAAAGUGGCAACGACAGCUUCACGUGCUCGGAGAUCGAAUAUGAUAACGGCUCGCUGGUAGGUGACAAGCGGUCCGACAACCUGUUCGCCAAACAGGACGACCAGGGGAGCGGACCUCAGAGUAGCAGGAACAACGAGUCGUCGCAGUCGACGAAACCACCGUUGCCACCGAAUGUUGUCGGCAACUAUGACGGCUUUGACAGCUCAUUCCGCGGCUCCCUUAGCACUCUCGUUGCCUCGGACGAUGAUCUGUCGACUCAUAUGGGUGGUCUCCUUUAUGGCAGUCAUCCUAACAACGGUUCGCCCACCACCACUACCACUACCAUCACCACCGCCGCCGAGGACGCCCUUAGCUGGGACUACCUGCUCAAUUGGAGACCCAACUUCGAGAGUCUUGUCGGUGUCUUCAUCGACAUCGCCGAAUUACCGGACAGCACCAGCCGAGUACCUAGAUUACCGGCGAACAUCGCCAAACCAUCCGAGGAAUACGUUUGAAACAAUUGUGUCCCACGGACGGUGCCAAGACAAUUUAGUGACUAGUUUAGUGAUCUUGAAAAUUGUUUCGGAGAAGAUUGUAAAGAUUAUAAAGAUUCUUUUUCUCUGAAAAAAACGGCGAACUCUACAGCAUAGAAAUGUUGUCGAAUUGUUUAAUUGACUAGUAGACAUUUGUAAAACGAUAGUAUAUAUAUAUAAAUCGCGACAUCCACGGGUUUUGGAUGAUCGUAAUCCUGAGUCAUGCGAGAACGUGUUUAAGAAAGGUGCCGAUUUUAAAACGUAGAGUCUAAGUAUUGUUGGUGAAAAAUCGUUGCAACAUUAUAAAUGUUGCAACGAGGUGCCGCGCCAAAGGCGCGACCAUCUUGCCAUAAAAUGUAAUUUUUUUUCAAAAAAAAGAGUGAGAGAGAGUGAGUGUGUGAGAGAGAGUGAGUGAGAGAGAGAGCAGGACUCGUUAUUUUUCAUCGUACUCUUUAUUUCACGAAUUUUUGUAAAUAUUGAAUAAUACGUUUCUAAUCAAAACGACUCGCUCGCGAAAUGCUUAUAUAUUCGGUCGAACAUAAAAUUUCUUUUGCGACUGAUGAUCGAUUAAUAUCGAUCACUUAAACAAUUGAGAUUAAAAUUAAUAUUAUUUAAUAUUAAUAUUAAAAUUACGCAAUCGUGCAAUAUUAAUAUUAUUAAUAAUAUUAGUUUUGAUUAAAUUAUUUAAUAUUGAUGCUCAAUUCGCACGUUGCGGGAAACUUAUUUCUAUUUUAUGCAUUUCAAACGGUAUCAUAGCGGUAUUAAAUACGAUCACGCGAAUUUACGUUGAAUGUCAUUUUAAUUAUGAGGUGGAAAAAUGUGCGACUAGAAAUAUCGAGAUAAUCUAAUUAACUAGCGACUUCUGUAUAUAUCCUAAACAGCCAUGCCAGAUAUACACUCGAUACAGUCGCACAGGUCAUAAUUAUUGGUUGAAUGGCUAAAUGUAUGCAUGCGUAUGUGUGUGCGUGGCAUAUAAAUGCUCUUACCUCACAGUAGUAUUUAAAUCAGAAAUUAAAACCGGUAUACGUUCCUAUUUAUUAAGAUUGCAACAUGAGAAAUCUUGGAAAUAUAUAAUUG